AUGGUACGGACUCAUUUUUUAACAUAUGGACAAGGUGGAGAUAUUCAUGUAUUUGAUCCAAAAACAGAUCAAACUGAACAUAUACGUUGUGCUGAUCAAUGUUUUUGUCUUGCUGUUCAUGAAUAUCAUAUAUUUAUCGAAACAAAUCGCAAUGAACUUGAAGUUUGUUUUUAUGCUCAUGGUGAUUCUCUUCCAAGUCUUGCCCAUUUUACACAACCAGUAUCAGCACUUUGUUUGUCAAGUUCUUUACUUUUUAUUGGAACAAAAGAUUCUAAAGUAGUCAUGAUGAAUUUAAAUGAUGAUUCAAAUAAAUUAAAAUACUUUGAUGGACAUCAAGCACCAAUACUUUCAUUAAAUACAAGAAAAAAAGCCUAUGAAAAUGAUUCAAUCGACCAAGUUAUUAAUUUAAUUAGGUAUUCACCAUGUCGAACAUUAUUUAUUGUGGCUUAUGGUGAAUAUGCUCAUAUUGAUAUAUCUGAAUAUAUAUCAAAAUCUACAUCAAUACCAUUGGAUAAAGAAGAAAGCGAAGUCGAGAAAAUGACAACAAUUAGUGGCGAUGAUGAAGAAUCUGAAUCAAUAUCAAAUCAUGAUGAAGAAGUAAAAGAAGAAAUAAUUCCAAAAUGGUUUAAAUAUGCAUUAUCCAUGAUAAAUGAAACAAAACCAAGUUGA